AUGCCGCGACCACAAGUCAGCAUCGAGCGCCUUCCCACCCGCCGCAUGAGCAAUGAGCCACGAGAAUCCAUGAACUGCAAGUCAUGCCGGAAACGAAAAAUCAAGUGCAACCGGCUGCGCCCUGCCUGUGAGGCAUGCCAGGUUUUCCAAUGUCCUUGUAUUUACGACGCCGUCCCGAAGAAGAGGGGGCCGAAAACCGACGUGUUAGAAGCUCUACUGAAGCGAGUAGACGGCCUGGAAGCCCGACUCAAGGAUAAAAAGGCAAAAUCUGAUACGGAAACCCUCGAAACCCCCGUGGUAGAUGACCACGAGGCAUCCACUUCCACCUCCGCGACGUCGGACGCGGGGCUUGGUCUCAAACUCGACGUCGGCCAAGAGAAUCAAGACGUCGCAACAUUGGCUUCGAGUCACUCCAGUGAACACCUCCCAGGGUUCGACCCCGAUGUCUUACUCGACAUCUACUUUGCCCGCUUUCACGACAAGCCUUUUCACGUCUUUGAUGAGUCCACAUUGAGACAACGGCUUCAGCUGAAUCAGGUGCCCGGCUACCUAGUUCACGCAAUCUACGCAGUGGCUGCGAGAUACGCACCGCACCCCAGCGGUUACCAGUCUGCUGUGAAACUCAGCGAAGAGUAUGCCGCUAAAGCAAGAUUUGAGAUUGACACGGAUGAGCCGUCUAUCGAUGCCUUGCAGGGUCUAGUGCUGCUUGUGACUGCUUUUACCGCCUCUGGGAAGGGGAAGAAAGCGUACAUGCUGCUGACGAGUGCUGUCGGUAUGGCCAUGGCCCUGGAGCUGCACAGAGAGCUCGAUAUGGGCGCCCGCAUCACGCCAAUCGAACGAGAAACCCGCCGGCGACUGUUCUGGACAUGUUACCUGCUCGAUCGCUUCCUAUCUUGCGGGUCGAAGAGGCCUUCUCUCAUCUCGGACCGGGCCAUAGUUUUGCGGCUUCCAUGUUGGUUCCCCAGCCCUACCUCAAUACCGAUGGAAGGAGACUUCUUUCAGAGUUACACGAACCUACAGCAACUUCAGGGGGGUGGCAAGAAACCACAGGGAAGCAACGGGAUGCUCAUUGAUAUUUGCCGUAUUUUGGGGACGACCAACCAGUACUUGGCAGCCGGCGGCGUCAAAGGGGACUCCCACUUCCCAUGGCACUCGUUGUCCAACCUCUCCAAGAUCCGCCAAGACCUGGACGUGUGGGCAUCUGGAAGUGAGGACGUGUUUUCCAGCGUGGAGUCGCUCUUCGGGCAGCCCGAUUCCACCGUGCUUGUUUUGAGCAAGCUGAUAUACCAUCUCAUCCACUGCCUCAUCUACCGCCCAUUCCUCCCCAUUGACCUGGCCGAGCUCGCUGGGUCUGGGCAGCACCAGUCGUGGCAAAUCGAAGCCACCAAUAUGUGCUUCUUGCACGCCAACGCCAUUGCAGAGCUGGUGGAACUCGGCAAACAAAUGGCCUCCGUCGAGUGGCCGGCCUUUGUGGGAUACUGCAUCUGCACGGCCGGCACGGUCCAUAUUCACGGAGCACACUACAGCCGGAUCGGGGCCGCUGGAGAAGUCAACGUCUUCAGCUCGUCGACCGAUUUUUUGUCUCGGGAGAUGCAGCAGCUCAGCGAGCUACGGUACGCCUGGGCCAGCGUCCAACACCAACGCGAGACGCUCCAGGGGAUCUACAACGCGCACUCGGAACUCGUCAAGAGCAUUGCCCAGAGUCCGACGCGAUACUCGCCGGUGUUUACCCUAGAAGAUUUCUUUGACCGGUACUCCAACAUUGGGGGUCCGGGAGGGCAGAGCUUCAGUUUCGAUUCGGCCAACCUCAGCCUUGCCGAUGUCGUGGUCGAUUUCACGGCCGAUACAUACCCGGGGCAGACCCUCCACGCGCCACGCCCCAGUGCCACAGAAGGGGCCCAGUCGCGUCCGAAUCUUAAAAGGAAGAACACGGCUCCUUCGGGGCGCCCGCGGCCAGACCUGAAGAGUCUGAUGGCUCUCAACACCAUGAACCCGCCGCCUACACCCUCGCUAUCCACGCCAUCCACCGCGGACCGCCCUCUCUUUUCACCGAGUAUCAUCCAAACACCAACAUCGCUAACUUCUCCACAUGACCCGCUCCCACCACACCGACGACCAAACGCGAGGCAUGGCCCGGGGGGCAGCAGUGCCGCGGCACACGGCAUACCGGGCUUCUCCAUGGGCAACGGUACCGCUAAUCCCAACAACCCACCGGCAGACUUAGCGGCAGCAGCAGCACAUGGUUUCCACGGCAUCAGUAACGGCGCGUUUGCAGGGUCUUUCAACUUUGCCCAGCUCCCCGGCGGUCCAACACCCACCAACCACCACCCGCAGCAGACUUUUGAUCCCAUGUUUGGCGGGAUCCCUACCAACGCUUUUAGUACACCGACUGCCUGGCACGCCGGGACAACAGCAGGAGGGGCAGGACCAGCAACAGGAGCAGGAACGGGUUCAACACCCAAAGACACCAGUCCACACGAGAGCGCGGCGACGACGGGGCCGGGGGAGGAAAAAGAUCCGUUUUUGAGUUUGUUGGAGCAGUUGGCGGAGAAUGAGUCGUUUAUGGGGGGUGUGGGGCCCGAGUUGGAUUUCUUUUUGAAUGGGGCUCCUAAUACGGGAUAG